GGACAUCUGGUUAGAGACGGAGAUGAACUCAUCACUCAUAAGUUAGUGUCUCUGUCAGUUCGCCCGGAUUCACCAGGUGUCUUGCAACAGAACAAUAUGAUUUUAUAUAACAAUUGGGCUUUUUAACUGAUUGAUAUUUGCUUCGCCAUUUUCAAAUCUUACAAGUUUUACGACAUUGCGUCGUAAAGAUAACAUUGUGAACAGAAACUGACGAAUAUUUAACGUUUCUUUUCGACAAGCAUAUGAUACGCACCUAUAGGGAGAGGUGAUGUAUUUGUAAAAAUAGCCUGGGCCACCCGUAGCCUCGCCAGCAUUGAUUAGAUAUGUAUGUGUUCUCCAGCGCUUGCGGUCACCGUGGCAACUACAGUUUAGUUCGUUGGCGUCUGACUUCAGUCCGCAUUCAGAGUCAACCGCAGCUGCUGUUUACAGUAUUUUCGAAAAAACUACGCACCUACCAAAUACAAGAAAUGCAAAGGAAUACGCAUCUAUACGAUCUUAUAUCCAAGAUACCAUCCAUUGACUCUGACCCGUCUUCCUCGGACAAUGAAGAAGAGAUAUCUGUCCUUCAGCGACCACAAGUGAUUCAGUUGCUGAAAGAGACCAGGAUGAAUCUGGAGUGUGUUUCACUGGAAGAGUCAGAAGUCAAGCUAUUCACUUCCUGGACCGAUGAUGACCAAAAAGGUGACAAAACAGACGGAUCACUGAAUGCAAGUGUGGCACAUAAAACCGAAAGCAAUGUACCUUUGCAAGAAAAAGGAAACAAGACUGGAUGGACAGAAACCCAGCUCUGCCCUGCUUUGACAAUGGACAUAAGAGAAAAACAACAUGAACAUUAUUUAAUGGAGCAGCUGGUUGCUUUUUGUGAGAAGAAAGUAAAUGAGAUGGACAUAAAGACACACGUUUCAUCUACAAAAACCCCUAAUAUACAAGAAUCAUCCCUCAGAUAUGCUGGGAGACAGGUGAAGGACUUCAGUGAGACCUCAGCAAAAUUACAACUCUAUCAAGAGUCUCCCACCAUAUAUAUUGACUUGCGCAACAACACAUUUCAAACAAAACAAUCAGCCAUUAGCCAGAGUAACAGUGUCAUAAGUCCUGUAAACAUGGAAAAGGAAAUGAGCUCCACUAAGAGGACGACUAAAACAAAUGCAAAAGCAAAGCGGCAGAAAAGAGAAUUUGCUAGGAAGAUUUUAUCACUCCAAAACACCAGACAGUCAAAUCAAAGUGUGGUAGAGAUAUCUUGGAGCUGCAGAAAUUCACAGGAUUUUGCUGAGGCUAGGCAGAAAGACUCCUCAGGGAAAAUCAUAAAGGAAAAACAGCUUCAUGAUUUUGAAACUAGUUGCAGUGAACCUGGUAUUCAGCAGGUCAAUGUCUGCUGUUCUACUGCAAAAUAUGACCAACAUAAUCAGAAUUCUUCUCACAUUCCAGCUGCUCAAAACAAACAAAGUCAUAAAGUCAGAUGGCAGAAGGAUCUGAAGCUCUUGCAAACAUUCAGACCUCAACGUUCUGCUAAUAACAGCGAGGAAGCUGCUGAGAGGACUGAUAUUCUUUAUGAACCUGAAGCAUCCUACCUUCCCUCAGUGAACACCCUACCUGCGGAUCUACAGAUGAGGGAGUGUUUGCUGCUGACUGUGUCCUUGUCCAGUCCUGGGGUGGUGGCUGGAAGAAUGCAGAGAAAAGCACAGACAGUGGAUUCAGUCUUCAUGAAAUCACAUCUUUACAAUGCACUCAUAGCUUGGUUCUUGUCUUUGACUGAUCUCAAAAACAGCAAUAGAAAAGGUAACAAGCUUGAUGCCCCUUUCUGGGUGGCUGGGCUGCAGCAGUUUUAUAAGGAGGAUGGCUUGGCCUUGUACAUCUGCGCCAUGUCUCUCGAAGAUGACUGUAGGAAAUCCAGGAUUGGGGAGGUGGAAAAGGACGAGAGCAAGUUUUAUAGGCGAGUUUGCAAGUUUUUUGCUCAGACGUCAUUGAAGACUGUUGCAUUCUGGGUACCUCAGCUUAAUCAUUUGCUGGAGGAACAGGCUUAUCCUACACAUGUCCACAUGCCCUCAUCUUACCUGGACUGCUUCAUCUCUGUCAACCCAAAUAUAGAGGCUGUUGAAAAGGCCUUUAGUGCGAUCCCAGGAUUCUACUGGCAAACUCUGGAAACCGAAGACCAAAAAUGUCAAAGGGCAGAAGCCAUAAAUUCUCAAGAGUGUCAUACUGAGACAGCACUUGUUCUGAUAGGCAGGGCACUGUUUCUUAACCCACUGGCAAUGCAUCACACACUUGAGCUUAUGUGCAGAUCAAGUCUAGAUAUAUGUGGUAUCCGUUUCCUCUACCCACUCCAAGAGCUACUGACAAACUUUGCAGUCUGCAAGUCAGUUAUGCAUAGUGAGGGAGAGCCAGUGCUCACUGUGGCUUUCCGUGGUCCUCACGCUAACUCAGUGUGGCAGGAGAUCACAGGGCCAUCAGACCCCCAGCUGGCAAGGCGGACAGAUCCAGCAUCCAUCAACGCCCUGUACCAUCACAGUCAAGACCAGAUCCUGCUCUACUCACCCCGCCUUGCCAGUCUUGUACAUCUGGGGCUCUGCUUGUGGUUUGGUGGUAGAAUAGCAAAAAACACCCUGUCAAUGGUUCAGGACUCAGAGGAGGGUGACAGAGGAAAAAGAUCCCAAAUCCUGACAUCUUCUCCAGCAACUUUAUGUGCCACUGUGAAAGCGGAUAUAUUUCUCAUUGUGUCUCCUGUGGUUGGACCAUGCUGUUAUAGCUAUAUACUAUCUGCAUGUGCAAAGACAGGCUUCAGUCUGUUGGGACUUCAAAGGGCACAGAUCUCCAUGAAACAAGCUCAUUCUCUGGGUCUCACCACCAAGCAGGUUACAGCGUUCUGUCAUGCUCCCACAGUGUUGCUGGAUGGAGAACAGGUUGAGCUGUCCUCUCAUUGUCUUGUGCUGCUCAUGAGGAGAGAAAGUGCAGUUAGACACUGUUCCAGACUGCCGAUAGGUUUGAUGAAUGAGCUUGCUGCACAAGGCCUUAUUGGAUCAAUCUGUGCAAGAUUCACAGAUGUUGUUGGUCCACACGUCUGCUUUCACACUGUACCCUACUCUAAACCCCACCACAAAGUUCUGGGUGGGCUCAUGUGGACAGUGCCAGAGUGUAGCCACAUGGUCCUGUCCAAACACAUGUAUCCCUCUUGGCCAGAUGUAGAGCAGGUGGUGGUUCUCACAUUGACUGGUCAAAACAUCAUGAAGAAUGAAAUGGGCUUUCUUCAUAAAGUUCUCAGGGGAGAUGAAGCAGCUGGAUUUGAGUUGCUGGCAUUGAAGUGGGAGCCCAAGCUGUCUCAGCGACAGGCACAAGAGUUGAGUCCUUUUGAGAUUGGGGACAGAGAGUGGCAGAGCAGUGUGCAGAGCUUGACAUCCACCCCUGCCCUGGUCUUGGCUCUGAGGAGGGUGAGGGCAUUCAUCACCCUACGUAGACUUUUACCACAAAAUUACCCAGGAAACCUGCAUAUAUUGAUGUCCCCCACUCCUGAGACAGCUUUCAGACAGACCUGCCUCUUCUUCUCGGAGGCAGAAUUGGUCCCUGAUCACAGCAGUCGUCCAUCAUUGAAAUUCCUACCACUUCAUCACAUUGACACUCCUGGUCUCAGAAGUCAGUCGCUUUACAGUUACAUGACAGUGGGCCCAGAGCCACUUUUGACUCUAGCUCUGUUCAAGCCUGGAGCCUGGAGACACUGCUUUGGUAAAAUUCUCACCAUAAUCAAACAGAAUGGAUAUACUCUAGUGGGCUUACGUGUGCUUCUGCUGGACUCAAACAUGGCAAAUGCACUGAUGCAUCCACUGGAGCAACAGGAACCCACUGAGGAGAUGGAGUUGAAGUACUUGAGAUCUGGACCCUCGCUGGCUUUGGGUUUACUGAGAGUGAAUGCAGUAAUGAGGCUGUUGGAGCUGAUGGGUCCUGAGGACCCUGUUGAAGCACGUACUAUAGAUCAGACACUAUGGAGGGCCCAGUAUGGCUCUGACAGGCUGCGUAAUGGCAUCUAUGGAUCUCCAUCUUAUCGAAAGGCUGUAGAAGACAUAAAACUGGUAUUUCCAGAGGGUGUGUGCUGCACUGAAACUUCAGUUAUAAGACACGAGAAGAUAUCCUGUUUGCAUUCAGAUCCUGACGCUAGUAUGGACCGUGAACAGUUGAAAACCCUCAGAACCGCUGUCAAGAACAAAUUUUCAUCAGGAUUCGGCCAAGUAGGGCCUUUGGCCUGCAGUGCUCUUUGUCAGACCACCUGCCUGCUGAUACCUUCCAACCUCCUGCAGCAGAGUCAGCCUCCUCUGUACUCGGACCUACUGCAGUGGCUGCUUAGGACAGGCUGCCAUCUGGUGGCUGGAAAACUCUGCACACCAAAUGAAAAACAAAGGCAGCACAUAUCUGAGUUACUGAGGUCCUCUGCUGGUGGAGCACUUCUACUUGAAGGUCCCUGCCUUAUCAUUGCUUUGCAAGCAGACAAUGCCGUCACAUGCUUUGAUAUCAUUCUUGAGAGAGUUUGUAGGGAGAGACCAGACUUUAAGAGAGUUACCAUGAAACUUCUUUACCCAAACUCUAAAAGUGGGGCAGUGAAAUUGCUGCAUUACCUGUUUGAUGAUCACAGUCUUCACCGCAUAGCACCACACUAACCGGGAUUUAAUCCAUAAUAGGUACCUAGUGGUGAAUAUUUAGCUUUCUAUAAUUCACAUCAAUGUGAUUUAUCGACAUUUAUCUUUUUUUUUUUUUUUUAAUAACAAUUUUAAAGAAAUGAAAAGAUUGAUUUAAUCUUACUUGUGGACAAAACACUUACUUAAUGUUAAGUUGCAUAUUAGCAUUCAGCAACUGAUGAUUCAUAAGCACAUGAGGGGAAUAAGACAAAACACUCGAGCCAGGUUAAAGAUCAAAAAUUAUUUA